UGCUCGGCUCCGCCCGAAGCCGCCCCUCGCUGCACAGGCAGCGCGGAGGCCGGGACGGGCUCGGGGCUGCUUGGCAGGAGGUGCAAACAGCCCCGGAGAAAGUCAAAGGAGGAAAUCCGGCCGUUUGAGCGCUUUAUUCUGACGGGUUUUGACAGCUUUUAUUUGUUUAUUUGUUUUUUUAUGGUCCUAGGGGCUUGGACGCUCAGAGCCUGCUUCUCCCUCCCCUCCCUGUGCUCCUGGAGCUGCAGCAGCUGGCCAAGGGGCCGGGCGCCCCGUGCAGGUUUCUCCUGUGGGAUCGGUGCCUUUAGGGACAGCCCCAGGAUUAACGCCCCCCUCCCGGUGUGGGGCAGCCAGCUCCCACGAGGCUGGGGGCUGCUGUGCCCCCAAAACCACGUCCCAUGGUGCCUCUCCGGGCAGAGCCGGCUUGCAGGGACGGAAACUGCCGCGGAUGACGCCAGACAACUUUCUGUCUCUUUAAUUAAAAAAGCUUUUUAACGAUGGAGGAGGAGAGAACAGAGGGAGGUGAUCGCUGGAAGUGCUGAUUGUUGCAGGCACGGAGCCGGUUCUGCCGCCCUCGUGGGCCUGGAGUUACGGGGCCUGGCUGCUGGGGCCGUGGGAUGGGAUCGGGGAUCGGGGCCGUGUCUCCUGCGGUCCACAGGGCUCCAGGAGGUAGCAGGGCGCUGGGACGAGGGCAGGAGAGGAGGCAGCACUGGGUGGCCGUGGCCGCUGCCGGCUGGUGUGAGCGGCCUGGUGGGCUGGAAAUGCAGAGACCUGGGUGCUAAAAAUAGACCCCGACGUGGUCAAAGAAGGCAGGGCCCUUGCACGCUCCAGCUCCUUGCCGCCUCCUGUUCUCCCCCUCCAGGCUUUGAAGAUGAAAAACUUCCCUUCCCCCAGCUGCCUGGGCUGUGCAGGGGGCAGGCAGCCCCUUCUGCGGUGGAGAUUUCACCCUAGAAGCAAAGGGGGGGCCCGUCUGCGGCAUGGGGCUGUGCUUUUCCUUUCCCUCAUGGAGGGCGGCUGGUGUCCGACAGCUCUGCUUCAGGCACAUCCUAUUCAGCUUCUGGUUGUCCGGGCAGUAGAGGAGAUGUGUGGGAAUGGGAUAUAGCCCUAGGGGAUCCGGUGGUGGAAGCGUGUGUGGAGUCAGUUUAGUCCUCAGUUUUUCCGGUGGUGACCUGGAAUUUUAUCACCAAAGCAUGUGUUUUGUUUUUAGAAAACCUCGCUUUUCCUCUAAGCACGAGCCUUGUCCCCGUGCAGGUGCCAGUUUUGAAGACCCGCUUGCUACCGCUUUCUCUCAGUCUGCUGCUUUCUUUCUCCCUGUGUGAAACCCCAGGCCCCUCUGGUUCAUCCUGCAUGGCCGUGGGCAGGCGCCGGCGGCAAUCUGAGGAAAACGAAAAAGAUGUGGCCGUUCUGGGGACUGGACCGAGCCCGCUGUGACCUGCUCUUCACCGAAGCCAUCAAUCAAAGGAUGCAGGUCCCCAGCAGGCUGAAGGUGGCAGACAGCUACAGCCCUGUGGACGAGGAGCCCGCAGCCGAGGAUCUUCCUCCUUCCUUUCGGAUGCACAUCCCUGAGAGGAUCUCUCUUGCAGAAAUAUCAGAUGCCGGUCUGAGGCCCAUCCUGCUGGAGCAGCAAAGGAAGGUCCCCUCUGUUGUGUGGCACGCGUCCGCAGACUCCUCAGCUCAGCCCGCCGCCCCAGGGGAGAUCCCUUUUCAGCACGUAGCUGGCAGACCGAGCUCCCAGAAGCGCAGACGACUGGGCCACAACAGCGGCAGGUCACGGCGGGAGAGGAUUCCGAGUGACUACACCCAGCUGGCCUUGCACAGCCCGGGCCAGCACCACGAGCGGCCGGACGUGUGCCCCCUGCCCACUCGCAGCGCCCCGCUCCCCCUCCUCGCCGAGACGGGCAGAAUCUACUCCGUGCAGAACAUCUUCCAGACCAUGUACCUCCUGGGCCAGGUGCUCUUCCACCGUGUCCAGGGCUCCCUGCAAGACGCGACGCCAUCCAGCUCCCAGGAGGCUGGCCCAGCCCCGGAAAGCUCCCUGGAGGAGGUCGGCACGGCUGAGAUGGCAGCAAUGAGAAAGCAGCUGACGAGGAUCUCGGGGAGGCUGCGCGUGCUGGAGGAGCAGUGCAACGCCUGGCAGCAGAAGGAGGCCCUCAUCUACUCCGUGCUGAUCUCCGCCUGCCUCGUCAACACGUGGCUCUGGCUGAGGAGAUGACUUUCUGUGCCCCGGCCCACCGGGAGCAGGGGAGGAUCCUUGCUCACCUACUUGCAAACAGUAAAGCCGUGUGUUUCUUCUGAACUUGACCUGCUUUUUGCACUGUAGGCCCUGGAGGACCCGUGUCCUUCGGGCCCUGAUGACAAGGUGCCACUCUUCAGCAUCAGCAGUGGGAGAAGUGAAACCCUGAGGCCGGACCUUGUGCCGCAGCAGCUGGAGAUGGGUGUCAGGGGGUGGUGGGGUGAGACAAGGAGUGUAGGAGUAGAUAGGAGGGAUGGACGUGGGGGAGCUGGGCACUCCCAUCCCUGCAGCCCCUGCUGUGCCAUCUCCUGGGCUCUCAGCACGCUGGAGGCCGCCCAGCAGCGGGUUUGCAAAUGUUCAGGUCCAAAGUGACUGUCAGCACUGCUGAGCUCUGGGCUUAUCCAGAAGCUUGGCCUUUUCCCAGAGAGAUUGAAAUGGGAAACUCCCCACGGUGACUCUCUGGAUUAUAACACCUCGUAACAACAGCGCAAGCACAGCUGGGCCGUGGAAAAGUGCCCGUUCGGGCAGCAAGUAGGUGUUUGUUGGGUUGCUGGUGCCAGAGGGCAGGAUCACUCCCAGGUCUGCUGCCGAGCUGCAAUUUCAGCAAGGAUGCAACAAGACAGGUGAGGGGAAGUCUCGGCCCAGAUGCUCUUUAGCUAAAAACAAGCGCUGUUCAACAGCUCUGCUGCUUCUUGCUUUCCUUGGAGUCCAGGAACACCUGGCUUCGGGGGGAAUUUGAGACUCUCGGUGGUUCAUGCAGCACAUCUGCUGGAGCUGCGCCUGUGUGCUUGGGGCAGGUCUUGGCAACAGGGCCUCUGUGCCACCUAUAAACGAUCGUAGCUGGAUCUGCAGGUCACCCGCAUGUCCCGAUAGCUUAUUUACAGACCUGGGUGCUUAGGUGUUUCCUGCCUGCAACUGCAUCAAGCAUCUGUGAGCAUAAAUCCGGCAGGUGGACGUUCACUAAUAAAUAAGUGCCCCACAAGUAAUUGCAGGUCUGAACCUGUGGCUGAUGUCUGGGCUGAGGAGAGCGCUGGGAUUUACUGGUGCUGAGCUGGUUCCUGUGGCUUGCAGCUCAGGGAUGUGGUCUGACUGGAAGUAGGAGGUGAUCAAACUGUGUGUGUUCCCGGAGGGUAAUUAUUGGUGGGCUGGAGGGGAUAGAAGAUGACUUCUGCAUAAGGUGUGUGUCUUGGUUUAAAUCUGGAACCACUAACCCAUAAAAUGCGUGUUUUAAUAAACUCUGUGUGCUGGA